CAACCUUUUUGCCCUCCCUUCAUUCCCUCUUUCUCCUCCUCCUCCUCCUCCUCCUCCUCCUCCUUCUUAAACAGUGUGAGUAAGAUUUAGAAUUUAUUAAAUAAAAAUUCCAAGUGGUUGCCAAAAGGCACCCUUUUCUGUUUUCUCCCCCCCACCCUUCUCCUCUCUGUUUUUUUCCUCCUCUGUUUUGCCAUUUAAAUAAAAAACCAAAACUUUCUUUGCACUCACUUUUUGGCCACUACAAAUUCAUCCCCCCACUCUUCACUUCAUCCUCAUGUCCUCUUCUCCCUUCUCCAUUCACAACCUCCCUCUCUCUCUCUCUCUCUCUCUCUGAACACACAAACAACAUUCCCCUGUUUCCCCCUCAAUCCUCCCCUGUUUUCUUCCAACCCACCACAAAAAAGGAUCAAACUUUGCUUAUAACAACAAAUCAAACUGCCAAAAAAUGGGUACAAUCGUCUUCCAAGGCCUCCAAUCCUGCCUCGAAUCCCAAAUGGUGGAGUCCAGAACCCUCCGACUGCGCCUCUCCGCACCCAAACCCACCCACUCCCUCGAGCUCUCUCUCAAGCCCUGCUCCUCCGCCGACGACAAAUUCCUCACCCACCACAAACCCACCCCCGCCGCCGCCGCCGUCGAAUCGGGCGGGUGGAGCUUCCUCCAAACCUUAUCCGACCCGGCUUCUUCUCCCCCUUCCCAAAUCCUAAAACCCGCUGCUGCUUCCCCGUACGCGACAAAACGCUCUGUUUCGUCCCUCAGCGACAAAUCCCUCGAGCUAUGCACCGAAAAUCUCGGGUCCGAAACCGGGACCGACCACGUGUCCGCCACCGACGGCGACAGCAGUUACCUCUUCUCCUCCCCUUCUCCGACGUGGGAGGCGCCCGAAUCGGCGGAGCCGAAUUCCCCUGUUUCGCAGCCGGCGGCUGCGAGGAGUGGAUGUGGUAAUUACAAGAGAUCGAGGAGUAAUUCUUCCCGCAGGGGGAGUGGGGGAUUCCCGCCGCCUCUGACGACGAUGAGGGGGCCGGAGCUGGUGCAGGUGAGGCGGCCGCACAGGGAAGGAGGGAGGCUGGUGAUCGAGGCUGUCAAAUCGCAAUCCCAGCCGUCGUGCUUCGAGGCGGAGAGGAUCGACGGUCGGUUGAGGCUCCACGUGGCCGUGGUCAAAGAUUCUCCCGAGUUUGACUCUUCCGUAACUGCCAGCGAGGAAAUUGCGGGAGGGAAUGGAGGAGAAGAAGAAGAAGGAAUCCUUAUCCGAGAAGGAGAAGGAGAUGAGGAAAUAGUGGAGAGGAGGAGGAAUAACAGAAACUCGAACACCGCGUGGAGAUGCAAAGACGAAGGUGGACAUGAGAACAACGGCAACGCGAAAGGGUUGCUAAAUUGGGAGCCGUUUUGGGUCGCUACGGCGUCGCUUCGAGUUUGAAUUUGUCGGGAUUUUUCUUGUUUAACUUUCUUUCUGAUCAUAAUUUCCCUCGUCAUCACCAUAAUCGGAAAUUUAUGAAUGAUUAUGAUUUUUCGUUUCCUUAUUAUUUUUUUCUUCCUUUUGGGAGAAUUUGAUGGAUUUGUCUCCUGGGGAUGGCUACUUUUGUUGGGUUUGUUGAUUGCUUCUCUCUGUAGCUUGUUUUUUAUGAGCUAUGGUUUUUCCUAAUGAAAUAGCCUUCGACUUCUGGAGAAAAAGAUAGAUCGCAGAACAGAAAUAUGCAAUGCAUGGCUUAUUUUCCUUUUGCGGCGAGGUCGUUAUUGUCGUUACCUAGAACAUCAUAUUUGCAUGCCUUGGUGGUUACUGGUUAGUCACAAUAAAUGCGUUAUUAACCAGAAACUACCGUUUUUCUAGCACGAAAAUGCAAGAUAACUCAACAGGUUUUCAAUGGUAUACAUCAAUUGUUCGGUUGACUAUUCAUGCUCGUUAUUAUUCGGAUAGACGGAAAUGUUGUUUUUUACAACGAUUACGUUAACUAUAGCUAUGAUAUGCAUGGCAGGAAAAUAAUAUCGAGCCUUUUCACGUCAAAAACAUGGUUAAUUAACCAAGACAAUCGGAUGAACUUAUACCUUCACAUCUAUUAUACAGCAAUCAUCCAACCUAGUUUAGUGAAACAAAAUAAUAAUAAUGUAUAUAGAAGACACAUACGCCCAGAAUAUUCUUAGACAUAAGCAUGCAUCAACAUACUUUUGUAGUCCAUCGAUACCAAUGUAACGAAGUUAUCAACAACACCUUACGUACAAAAGACCUACUCUCUGUCUUCCAUAUGUGAUACUAGAUUCGUGCUGCCGCCUACUUUGCUGAAAGCAAAAAAAUGGCUAUAACAGAGUCUCUCUUAUUCGUAUUAACAACUAAUCCGAGAAGAAUGUUUUUUUUAUGCGGUGCUAACAAUUGAAUAUUAUCUUUGUAGCUCUAGAAUGUUUCAGUUUAUACGGUGUAUAAAUUUCUCAAUCUAUUCUUCAUCAUUCGAUCAUAUUUAUCUGCUGGUGCCUCUAUAUAUACAAUAACAAGAAACAGGAAGCUAAGCAUGUAUAUAUAGGAAGAGUCUGAGGUAGGUUGGAGGCAAUAUAUAUGUUGGAAAUUGUUUCUGGAAUAUUAUAAAAAUAGGGAAGAGUCGGAGGUAGGUCAGGUGUUAGGCUUCUGUCUCUUAAUGUAUGAACAAAAUAGUAUCCUGUCAUGUCCGCAAGCUGAUUAAGAACGAUAUAAGUAAUUAGUAAACAAAUACAUGCUUCCAUCUUAGACUUAGUAAUAUUGUACGUCUAUUCCAUAAGUCGCACAGCGACCCUUUGGCGGCUUUGCUAUUGGAUCGCAGUACUCAUGGUUUGAUCUGAUCUGUAUCGAAUCUGAACCGUUGUAUACCCUUACUUAUAGGGCUGGACGUUGUUGGAUUGUGUUGUGGGUCCUUUGCUGUGCUUGGAUAUCGAUGGGUAGUAAGAUCCAUAAUUCAAUAUCUAGCUCCCAAUAACUCGGGUUAAUGUUGUGACGACCAAUUGGUUUCUUUUACAGGAUAUCAAAGCUUUCAAUAAUCGAGAGAUUGUGUAUUCAAAUCUCGGACGAUCUCCGGUUUGAGAAAAUGGUAGCUCAUAUGAGUUGGGUGUCAUUUGAGGGAACAUGUUAAUAAAGUAAUUAUCAAUAUAUAAUUGACUCUCUGUCAAACAAUUCAAACUUAUUAAAACAUUCAUAUCAAUUCAAAUUAUUAAAACAUCCAGAGCAUGCACCUUGAUUUUUCAAUCACAUUUUCUACAGUACUCUCUAUUUUCCACUAAUUUUCCUCGUUCUGCAUGCCAGUCAAAUAAAUCAUGCCUUUCUUUUUUCUCCACUCUCAUGAUCUUCCCUUCUUUUCUUCGGCAGGAAACAAUGACCCGUUAAUAUCAACACUACACUAUGGCACUAUCACUACUUGGGGGGUAUUAAUUGCAUUAUUAUCAAUAAAUAUAUUGCAAAAGUGCUUUGGAAUUUCAAUAUAUAAUUUUAUAAGUGAGUCAUGUUGAAAUGUAUUCGUACAUCUUGAUCCUUUUCUAUAGUGACCAUAUAACCGUACUUCAGUUAAUUUAUAACUCGAAAUGUUAGAAGAGAUAGUAAAUGGUACGUAUACAUUUCUCUUAUGUGUGGUUUACUUGUCAUAUAGUUACAUAAUUUUACUCUUCACCUCUUCAAUUAUUUAUAGAAAAUAUAGUAUUCGUCCCCAAUUAUUUAAAAUAAUAUUUACUAUAUUAAAAAUCAAUUGAUUCUAAUAACUCGAGCUGGUGAGACUUGAGAGAGGUUUAAUAAUGAAUCUUAUACUACGUACUAGCACGUCCAUCAAACGUAAGCAACUUAUAUGAGUUUGAAGUUUGCACAAAUACAAAUAUUAUGCUUAACAAAUGAGGAUCGUCUGGAUUUGAACAAAAAACUGUCAAGAUCAUGAAUUAUAUUCAAUUAUUUUCUUAUGUCUCUUCGAUCUUUUUUUUCUCCCACAAAAUAUUUUCAUGCAUGUUCCAUUACAAGGAGGUGCAUGUUCCAUUACAAGGAGGUGCAUGUACUUUUCUUUAAAAAGAGAGUAGAUUGUGUCUAUAAAUCAUAUCUAUCUGUUCAGACUUAAGGAGGAAGAAAUAUAAAUAGGCCAGGCAGAGAAAAAAGAAUGGGACUAGGAAAAGGGAAGCAGCAAGAGAGAUAGAGGGAUCAUCUUAUCCGGUUGGGAGGCAUAAAAAAGAGAGAAAAGGAGAGGUUCAUAUACACGACGAUAUCAAUCUGUAGUCUGCACAAAAUCUUUGACAUGAACAAUAAGGUUAGGAAAAGGAAGCCCCCAACCCACCAUCCCAACAUGCUAUAGAUCAAAUGAAAAGUAGCUAAUGACAGAAAAUAUAACUACACUUACAUCAUCAAAAUCAUGGGAUUCACAGUCAUUAUUGUUAGUAAGCCGUAAUGAUUCAUAAUUGAGCAUCUCCUAACAAUUUGGGUUAUUAUUACCAAUCAGUUUUGAUAUGGUAUCGGAGCCUUCUGUGACCGACAUGCCUUAUGUUCCAAUUUCGAUGACCUUAUUGCGGUCAGCACAUGGUGUUGUUGCCUAUGCAAACAUCAAGCCCAUAUGGCUAUAUGAGUAGGCUUUCAUUUGAGAAUGUGUGUUAGUAAAUUGUAUAAGAUCCACAAUUCAACAAUAUCACCCAAUAACUCGAGUUAUUGAGAUAAACUAUUCUUGACAAUUAUGAAUUAUCUCGUGCUAGCAUGAUGGAAAACUGACAGUUCAGAUGUUAAUAAAUACCACAUGUGCAUAGUAAUACUAAUUAAUUGCUUUGGUAUUGCUUAGUUUGAAAUAGAUCGAGAUGACAAUUCUUCUCAUAUCGGAAGGUACUCAAUUCCGUUAUCAAGUAUCCAAUUAACCUAGAAAAUUCGAAUAUUACCGAGGUAUGGAGCGAGUAUGAGGAGUAUCUAGAAAUAAUGUGAUGACGAUGAGUUUACUUGACUCUGCCAUGCACAUCCCCACACUCAUAUCGACUAUGUUAGCUCGUAAAAAAGAAGAAGGUAAUUUUAGGUUUUCAACUGCUGCAAUUCCUAAACCCUAACUUCCAUCUUUCAACAAAUGAAAGCUGAUUUCUUAGUUUGGAAUUUAUAGUAGUUGAUUGACUAUUGAUAUUGGCUAGGAGCAUUCAAAUAUCAUAUCUCACCUUCAAGAAAGAGACCCCAAAUAAUGGCUAGCAUUCUGAACCAGGAUUUUUUUUUGGGGUAUCGUCCUAUUGAUCUGGUCCAUGAUUGAGAUUGUGCAUUGCGUUUUAGGGUCUGUCACCUGAAUGUCUGAAUUUACUGCAGAAAAUCUAACCAGGCGAGAUCCUAUCUAUAUAUGCACAAAGUUACAAUGCCCUAAAUGCUAAAUGGUCUGAAUUUCUACACGUAAUACGCGUAGUAUCCCUUUGCAUAGAUUGAGUGGCAGCCUUUUCUUUUUCUCUCUACUGCCGACAGUGCGGCUCCUAUCGUAUGCGCUAUAAUAUCAUGGCCUAUAUAUCAGGCUAUCAGAAAUCACCCCCAAACGCCCUCUGGCAGUCAAAGAUGUUUGUGUAAAGUUCUUGCACUUGCACUUGCAUGCCCACUCUUCCACUUUCGUUCAAUUCUAAGAUUUUCGUAUCCCAUUUAAAAAAAAAAAGAUGAAGCUUCUUUUUCCAACAAUGAGAAAAUGGCGUUGAUGUGACUUGAAUGACACUAUAAGCCGCUACGACGGGAAGUCACGCCAUCACGGUGUAUGAGCUCAAUAUUGUUUGGAUUCGUGUUCUGGGCCUGGUCUGUAACUGUUUUUCCUUUAUCAUAUUGGAUUAAGGUUAGACCUAGGAGAAGUACGAUAAAUACUUCUCAUACUCCGAUCCUCUGUAAUCUGUAUCUCCUAGAAGUGUAGUGAAACAGGCUCUCUCCUGCCCACGGACUAGCUAGCUAACACACAUCGUAUUAGUGAACCACGUAAUUCGUGUGUCGCGCGUGUGUGCUUUUGCUUUCUUGCAUUGUCGAAUCCUCUUAUUUAAUUUCCUUAUGCGAAGAGAAACAGUCGUGACAAAAGGAACUAGCCAACAUUGAGAAUCAAAUUAAUAUGCAAUUAAUUAACCGAGAGAGAGAGAGAUUCGAAUUCAAUCUUUUGAGAGUCACGUGUUCAGUGGCAUAGUUAGAAAUUUAUCUAAGAUAGGUCAAAAGUGGGGGAAAAAUAUAUAAUGUAAGUUUUAGGAUGUGUUCGAUUUUGGAAAUUAUCUAAAAUACAAUCAUCAUACAAAAGUAUGAAGGAUGUUAAAAUACCACAUCCAAAUAUCGUUCAUAAUUCUGCAACUCAUCUUAUUUUGAAGUGUUUUUUUUUCACUUUGUUCAUUGCAGUAAGUGUCAUUUCAACACUUGCAAUGACAACAUAUAACGACAAACACUCCUAAAUUUCGAGUUUUUUUUGUUUAUAUUAAAAUCACUUACAGAAUACAUGAAUUAAAAGUAAAAUAGAGAUCACAAAACAUUACCUUUUCAAAAAAAUAUCUACAAUAAUAUGGGGAUCUUUUACUAAAUCCACAACAACAUAAAAAAAAAAGUUACUCUACAUUUUUUGGGCCAAGGUGGUGCAAAUGAUCCACCUUGGCCUCAAAUGGCUCCGCCACUGCAUGUGUUGAUGAAAUACUACUGAGCAGCGGUUUAUAUGGAUUGUAUUGUCAUAUCGAAACGUUCAAUCACAUCGAACUAUUGCUUAUUACAGACAAGGCCAAAACAAUACGUAUAUAUAGACAAACUAUGUAUUAUUAUACAAGUUAUACAAAGAUCAGAAGCACAAAUGACCGAAACAACAAUGAAAAAGAUAACUGCUCCGUCAAAAAGCCGAUGUCAAUGAAGAUCAUGUCCCAUGCCUUGUGAAACCUCGAUGUCGAUAAGCUAAUAAUAACGAAAAUUCUUAUCAAAAUCGUCUAGUACGUCAAACCAAAUGUCCAACAAAUUAACCGAUUACUCGCCACAAGUCCGCAUAGAAGGAAAUGGUAGAACCAAGUGAGAAUCAAUAUAUAUCUUUAUUGGUGGAAAUCAUCUCAGCUGCUGGAUGGAUAUAUACGUGUAAUUAGUGAGCUGUGGAUAACAAAAAUGUGGCUUCUAUACAUCGUGUGUACUGUUUAAUAAAGACAAUACCUAUGAGUUUUGGCCUAUCGGAUCUUGUUGUGCAGGCUACAGGACAAAGGCAAAUCUUUUAGAAUGUGGCUCACGUGUUUGAAUUCGAAUAAUUGAGAUAAAAUGCACUGGAAAAAAUAAUAAUAAUGUCAAGUUAAAAUAGGACUCGUAAUGUAAAUUUGUGUACAAAAUGCAUACAUAUGGGUCCAGUGCGUUUAAAAUGGUAAUGCAUGACCCUAAGAGUUGUGCAAAUUGAAUGUACAACCUAUGCAACAUAUAUACAAGUGUUAGAUUCCAUGAUCCAACGGUUGAUUUGUUCGGUGUAUUUGUAAAUGUACGCAUUUGUUAUUGGCGUUUCCAAAUGUGCAUGUUGUUUGUUAAAAAAAAAAUUAGAUGAGUCAUUUUUCGAUGCAGUCAUUUAUAUAAAGUUAACAUUUUGUCAUUACAUGUAAUACGUUUCAUUUUCUUGUUUGUUAUUCCCGAUAAACUCAGUCGCUAAAAAUAAAUUUUGUUUUACAACCAACAUGUAACAUAUUUUGGUGUUAGCCAUAUAUAGAGGUGGCAAUUAUGAUCCAAAUCCAUGAAUCCAAUCCAAUCCAUCCACCAAAUUAUCCACAUAAUCAAAUCCAUUUAAAUCCAAUCCAUUUGAUCCAAAUGGCAAAUUACAAUUUGGUACCUAUAUUUUUUAUAUUUUACAUUUUGGUACCUAAAAUUUAUAUUUUUAUACGAAAAAUAUCAUUAGAAAUUUACAUUUUGGUACCUAAAAUUUUUAAUUAUGACAUUUUAGUACCUAAACUUUUCAAAAUUUACAUUUUGGUCCAAACCUUGGAUGUCAUUUGGAUUCAUGGAUCAAUCCACCAAUCCAUUUGAUCCAAUCCAUGGAUCCACCAAUCCAAUUCACGAAUCUACGAAUCCGAUCCAAUUGCCACCUCUAGCCAUAUAUAAUAAUACUAGUUUUAAAUUUUUAGACGAUAAUUUUAUGUUAACUUAAUUUCUUCCCGAAUUGUAAGCGGUUUAUAAUGCAUGUAAUAAUAUGCAUGUAAGUCAGACGUCCAGGCUACUACUGAUUGUCUAAUUGAUAGUGAUGACUGAUGAAGGCCUUUGAUUAAUUUCCGCGUAGAAGCAUUAAUAAAGGAAGUCAAGAACUCGAUCCCAAAAUUUCAUAAAUUACAAUUAAAAAUCCUGUAAAGGGAAUGAAAAAAGGCUAAACUUAAAAUAACAUAUAUGUAUGGGCGUAACAAAAAAAAGUUCAUGCA